AAACUCCAACGGUCCAGGCCUUUCUCACUGGAGCAUGCCAGUUCGUCAAUCCGUCGUCAUGAGCUGCCGUUAGCCGUUGAAACCGUUUACCUUGACUAUCCGCCGUCUCCAAAACUCAAUUGCUAGGUAUCUACCUAUUACCUAAGAAUCUGUUUCACCGCUCACUUUCCGUUGUUCAUUUUAAAGCAAGUGAACUAUCACCGAAUAAACAAGCUUUGCCAAGCACCGCAAUCGUUUGCCAAUUUCGAUUUUCUUUUUCUCCGAUCAAAACUCUACCCUUCCUCCACCCAAAAGGAAGAAAUGCCGAGCCAAGGAACACCACGAGGUUGCACCACGCGCCUCCACGGCCUGGACUCGUACCUCACGGAGCCGUCCGAUGGUCGCGCCAUCGAGGGAGUCGUGGUGGUGGUCUCUGACGCCUUUGGAUGGGAGUUUGAGAACACCCGGUUGCUGGCCGACCACUACGCCGACAAGGGCGGAUAUCGAGUCAUUGUGCCCGACUUCCUCGGGGGUGUGGCGCUGCCCCCCUCGACGGUCCAGUCGCUGCGUGGGUUUUUUGGGGGGAGUCUGCUGGGCAAGGCUUACUCUGCUAUCUGGCUAGCUCUGGCCUGGAUCCCGUUCAUGGUGUAUCAGAACUUCCUCCGCCGCACCUCUCCCACCAGCACCGUAGCGACCUUCUUCUCGGCCAUGAGCCACGGCCCCGAGGCCAAGCGCGGCCUGCCCGUGUUUGCUGCGGGCCUCAGCUGGGGCGGCCGGUACGCCCUCUCGCUGGCCUCGAUGCCGAACCCGCCUGUGAAGGCCGUCUUCGUCGCUCACCCGUCUCACGUGAGCGUCCCCAACGACCUGGCACGGCUCACGGUGCCCGUCUCGUUUGCCUUGGCCAAGGAAGACCACGCACUGGGAGGAGACAAGCGGAUCGCAGAGGUCCAGCGGGUCGUGGGAAGGAGUGCUGCAAAGUGCGAGGUCAAGGCUUACAGCGCGGGCCAUUCCUUUUGCGUUCGGGCUGAUUUUACGGGCAAGGAUACCUCGGCGCAGGCCGACGAAGCGGAGGAUCAGGCAGUUGGCUGGUUUAGGUCCCAGUCUCUGUAAAUGUAGCUUGGAUAUAGUUGGGCGUGUUUGAGAGAGGAGCAAGUGUAUCUGGUCACGGGAUGCACUAGGUAGGAUAUCGAUGGUUGUGACUGUUGUGUAAUCAAGCUGCAAAUCUAUCACGCCGGCUUCCUCGCAAUGACCCAGAGAAAGACAGAAUGCUCAUCCUCGCGCCGAAACUCCUCGACUACGAUCUCGAAUCCAACGCCCUUCAGCGCGCGGAGCGUCUCCUCCGCACCCAACCCACUCCAAUACAUCCAUCCUUUUUCGUGAUCCAGCCACUUCUCAGUAACCGCACCACCCAACGGCUUUUCGGAAACGUUUGCCAGGAAAUAAGAACCCGGCUUCAACCAAUCAAAGACGCGGGCCAUAAUCACCCGCUGCUCGUCUGACGGGAGGUGGAUAAUGCUAUAAAACGCCAGGGUCGCGUCAAACGUCCCUCCCGGGAACUGCAGGGCCAUCAUGUCGCCCUCGUGCCACUCGACCCUGUCUGGACCGAACCCCCAUUUCUGGAGAUUCGCCUUGCCGGCCGCAACCUGCGAGCUGGACAUGUCGUUGGCCGUGACGCGGGCCGAGGGCAGCGUGGCGAGCACGUGCUCUGUCACUGGAGUCGCGGCACCGGCGCCGAGCUCGAGGACGGACAGCUUGGCGUCGGGGCCGGGGACUAGGUCGAGGAGCUUGUUGACAAACUCGAGCUUGACUUGGGCGUGGUCCUUGGUCCAGUCCGUGUAGGCUUGGGAAAUGACGUCAUAAGACUGCUUGAUUCGCGCCUUGAGAUCCUGGGGGAUCGUGGAGUAUUUGGUGGUUUGGACAGGGUCUGCCAUGGUUAUGGUGUGUGUUUUGCUGUGGUUUUGCACGUCUUGACUUUGCGGGAAUGAAAUGUCACUUUAUAAUCUAACGCUUACACGCUUGCCAAGUAUGUCUACAAAAUUAAAUCCCUGCCAAAUACUCCAGGUUGGAAUUUGUCUAGAUUUUCCCAUCAAAUUUGAAAUGGUUUCC